AUAAAAGAUGAUUAUGUGACUGUCUUUCAUUUAUUUUCAAACCAAGCCUCCCAUGACAUUUUGGGCCCAGUCAGUCAAGUCACAGAGAAGACACAGACAGAAAGACCCAACCUUGGAGAUGGAGCUGGACCAAGGCACGGUGGAUCAGGAGCCAGGCAGGCCCACAUGGAAGAGGCAGAUCGAGUUCACCCUGGCUGGGAUCGGCUGUGCUGUAGGGCUGGGGAACAUAUGGCGGUUCCCUUAUCUGUGCUACAGGAGUGGAGGAGGUGCAUUCCUGGUUCCCUACCUGCUGAUGCUGCUGGUGAUGGGAAUUCCUCUGCUCUACAUGGAGCUGAUUCUGGGACAGUACAUGAGAAGAGGGCCUGUUCAGGCCCUGGCUAAAGCCUGCCCGCUGCUGAAAGGAGUGGGCCUGGCGACCGUGGCCAUCUCCUUCAUCAUGUGCACUUACUACAACAUCAUCAUCACAUGGGGUCUGUACUACCUGUUCAGUUCCUUCCAGAGCCCGCUGCCCUGGCAGAGCUGCAACAACACAUGGAACACCCCCAACUGCACUGAUCGCAUAAACCCAAACACCAGCUCACACUCCUCCACCGCCAGCCAGCAGUUCUUCAAUUAUAGGAUGCUGGAGAGGACAGGGGGAGUGGAGGAGAGCGGGGUGCUGCGAUGGGAACUCUUUCUCCUGCUCCUUUUGGCCUGGAUCCUCCUCUACUUCUGCAUCUUCAAGGGGGUCAAGUCAACAGGGAAGGUGGUAUACUUCACGGCUCUCUUCCCAUAUGUCAUCCUGUUAGCUCUGUUGAUAAACAAUGUCCAGCUCCCAGGAGCUAUGGAAGGCAUCCGCUUUUUCAUCGUGCCAAACUGGGAGAAACUCCUGGAGUUGGAGGUUUGGGUCAACGCUGCAGCUCAGAUCUUUAACUCCAUUGGGAUAGGCUUUGGCUCCCUCAUGGCCAUGUCCAGCUAUAACAACUUCAACAACAACAUAUUAAAAGACACCCUGGCUAUCUCCAUCACCAACUCCCUGACCAGUAUUCUGGCAGGUUUUGUCAUCUUCUCCGCAUUCGGCUACAUGUCACAUCUCCAGAACAUACCUGUCAGUGAGCUGGCUGUAGAUGGUCCAGGACUGGUUUUUGUUGUUUACCCACAAGCCUUUGCAACGAUGCCAGUGGCUCCGCUGUGGGCAAUUCUGUUCUUCUUCAUGCUCCUGUGCCUUGGGCUGGACAGCCAGUUUGCCAUGGUGGAGGUGAUGGUGACCAGCCUAAUGGAUGAGUUUGGAGGGCCCCUGAUGAAGUUUCUGAGACACAAGGAGAUGCUGGUUCUGGCAGUCUGCAGCACUGCCUUUCUGCUGGGGAUACCCCAUGUCAUGCAGGUGGGGAUCUAUGUAUUCCAGCUGAUGGACCACUACACGGCCAUAGUGUCUCUCAUGUUCCUGGCCUUCUUUGAGGUGCUGGCCAUCUGCGGGCUUUAUGGUGUUAGGAGGCUUUCGGCAAACUUAAAGGAGAUGACAGGAAACAGGCCUAAUAUCUUCUUCAAAGUGUGCUGGAUGUUUGUGGCUCCUCUUCUGAUCACUAUUAUCCUGGUGUUCACAAUCAUCCAGUUUAAACCAGCUCGCUAUGAGGACUACGUGUAUCCCCCGUGGGCUCAGGGGAUUGGUUGGGUCAUCGCUAUGGCGUCCAUAAUCUGGAUCCCACUCGGGGCUCUUCACACACUGUGGGUUCUGCCAGGCACCUUCACUGAGAGAUUAGUAAAGUCAAUCACCCCCUAUGCACUGGAGAAUGAGAGGGGAGGAGACACAUACCCAAACAUAGCAGUCAUCAGCUCCUUAGGUAGAGAAACAGAGAAGCCUCACAUUCAGACAAACCUCUGAUACUGACUCUCCCUAUUGAUGGCCUCUGUACCAGCCUGGGAUUCUGGGACUAUGCUAGGCUUGGAGAGCCAGGAGAGGGUUUACUAAGGAUGUCAAUCCUGAUUCACAGUGGCACUGGGAACCACACUGUCUGUAGAUGACGUGACAAAAACCGUCUAACAACAUUCCUAUUGGUGUUGUUUGGGACUUCUGCUCAUGGGGAAGUGGGUUGUUCUCCUUCAUGGAGUGAAUGACAGAUAUUUUUAAAACACUGUUAUAGUCAAUUAUGUAAUAACAAAUAGAAGAAAUGGACCUGGACCCAAAAGCUUACCCAUCUCUGCUUUGAAAGAUCGGAAUUGGUCAUGAGUGGGUACUGGUACAUGAUAACCUGUCCAUAUGUUGCACUGUCUGAACUUUGGUAUUAUGUUUUUUUUUUAUAUGUAGCCAUGGAUAACCAAAGUACAAAGGUCUGAGAACUGUUAGUUAUAGAUGUUGUUGUUCUGCCCUUCAAGCAUGUUAACUUUCACUUGAGCACCACCUUGUGGUUAACACAGCUGAAGAGGUAUUACAUGUAUUUCUAGAGUACCACAGUUAGAGUCAUAAUACCCAUAAAACCUAGCAGUCAAACAAGGAAAUGGUUAAAAUUGUUUUUCCACUGUUAAUUUUUACAAUAGCGGAUUUUAGAAACACUUAAAAUAAGGGCUGUGUUUUCAUGUAGGCUUACCCUGACGUGACUUUUUGAUAACUGUGUAAAUCUCACUGGGACAAGGUGACUUUUAUCAAUAUAUUCGCAUGUAUUACCCCCCCAAAAUGAAAUGCCUUUUUAGCUGCUAAUGUGGCUAUCAUAAAGAACUAGAAAUGCCAUAAUGAUCUGGAUGGGACUCUCGAUUAACUGUCUGUUAGCUAAAUUUGGUCAUUAAUAAAUUGGCUAAAUGUCUUUAAAUUGACAAGUUUUACAUUGACACAACGUGCAGGAGCUUGCAGGGAGUGCAUGUCUCGAAUCAGAGUAAUAGAGACUAAUAUAUUGAUAAAAUUCACCUUGUCCGAGAGAGGUUUACAUGGUUAUCAAAACGUCACGUCAGAGUAAUCCUACACAAAACACAGCCCUUAUUUUAAGUGUUUCAAAAAUUCCCUGUGGGAAAAAUGAAUGGUGGUAAAAUUAUUGGAACCAUUUCUGGUUUACCGCUAGAUUUUAUGGGUAUUAUGACACCACCACCGUGGGGCUAUAUAUUAGUAAAACAUGUACAGUAUGAUGCAGUAGCUAUGGAUCAGCACAGCAGUUAAUAAAAUAAUCUAACAAAUGCAGCAUUUGGAACAUGUUGUUGAAAUAUUCCUCAUGUAAUAUGUUGUUUAUACAAUAAAAUGCCACAAUAUGUUUGAUUUGGCUGCUGUGGGUCAGGGCGCAAGGAGACCCACAGCUCCGCUAAAACCAUUGACAACUACAUGCUGUUUAAGGGAUUGUUACAUAAAUGUUACGACUAUUUGGUUUUAAUAGUCAGAACUACAAACACCGCAUUAUUCCAUGCAAAACAAUUGUGCACAUUUACCUCUAUCAUCAGAGUUAUACAGCAAGUAACUGCAUGCUUUUCAUGAUCCGUAAACAUCAAUGAUCAUGUAAUUUCAGAUACAUGAAGGUGCCUAUCGAUUUGACAUGUAGCUAGCUAAGCAAACAACAUCAUUAGCUUGCAUCAUCAGAGUUUAGGCUUUUGGAAAGAGCUUGAAAAUCGGCAAGUCCACGUCCUGGUAAAUUGUGUCGGACUACUGUCAUCACCACUAUAGAUGGCAAGUAAAUCAACCAACAUUUGGAUAUAGUCAUCUAGUUUAUCCCUUGAAAGUUUGCUUGUUAUCUAGCCAUAUUGACGUGAUCUGUUAUUAGCUAGCUAGCCAAUUUUACGUGGUCAAUCAAUGUAGCCUAUAUCAUGUCUGUCAGUAGUAAUCAUAAAUAAAAGGAUCGGACCCUGUUUUCAAUUUUCCCCUAAAAUGACAUACCCAAAUCCAACUGCAUGUAGCUCAGGACCAGAAGCAAGGAUAUGCCUAUUAUUGAUACCAUUUGAAAGGAAAUACUUUGAAGUUUGUGGAAAUGUGAAAUUAAUGUCUAGAAUAAUACAUUAGAUCUUGUAAAAGUUAAUACAAACAAAAAACAUGCAUUUUCAUUUUUUUUUUAAAUCAUCAUCUUUGAAAUGCAAGAGAAAAGCCAUAUCAUAUAGGCAUUUAGGCACAAUUUAGACUUUGGCCACCAGAUGGCAGCAGUGCGUGUGCAAAGUUUAAGAUUGAUACAGUGAAGCAUUGCAAUACUGUACAAUAUUUUGUAUCAAGUCUGCCAAAAUGUGCCUAAUUGGUCAAUUGAUAUAUUUAAGUACAUAACUAUAGAGAACAUACAAAAAUAUGCUAAUACAAAAUGUAAGUUUACACACUCCCAGGAAUGUCAUACAUGAUGGAUAAUUAGCUUCCCUACAGAAAAACACUAAGUUCACACAUCUAGAUGGCCGGGCGGGGUUGGUGUGGGGCCAGACAGCAGGAGUUCAAACUGUAGAACUCAGUUCCUACAUUUGAAUAUAAAAAUUGAUUUUAUCAAACAAACUAUGCUACAUUUUAUCUUUGGGACCCUCAAGAUGACAAAUCAGAGCAAGAUUACUGAAUGUAAGUACAUUAUUUACCUUCAGAGGUGAAUGUAUCAAACCACUUGACGUGAGUUUUUUGUUGUUGUGCACUCUCGUCAAACAAUAGCAUGGCUAUUUUCACUGUAAUAGCUACUGUAAAUUGGUCAGUGCAGUUCGAUUAACAAGAAUUUAAGCUUUCUGCCCAUAUAAGACAUGUCUAUGUCCUGGAAAGUUUGCUGUAACUUACGUAAUUCUAGUCACAUUAGCGCACGUUAGCAACAACCAUCCCGGUACACUCUUAAAAACGCUGUUGAAAAUGGGAUGAUGUUAUUUUUUUAUUUAACUAGGCAAGUCAGUUAAGAAUAAAUUCUUAUUUACAAUGACGGCCUAGGAACAGUGGGAUAACUGCCUUGUUCAGGGGCAGAACGACAGAUUUUUACCUUGUCAGCUCAGGGAUUUGAACUAGCUGGCCCAACGCUCUAACCACUAGGCUACCUGUCGCACAAUGUUAUUGUGACGUUUUAUUGAAAUCGACCAAUAGGCUAUAUAUUAUGUAAUAUAUCCAUUGCAAUCUGACAAAUGGUCACUUUCCGUGACUCAAAUUAUUGGAAAAGUCAUGAGUAUUUUACAUAACAUUUUAAACAAAACAUUUAUGUUUGAAAGGAAAUGAUGUCUGAUUAAAAUAGGUAUAAUACUUAUUAAAAUAAGUAUUAUAAGAAUAAUCAGUAAAUAUUGUCAUUGUAGGCAAGAUAUAAUCAUACUGUACAACUCUGUAAUGUUAUGUAAGGCAAAAUAAAAAGCCAACUGACUCAAGA